CCCGACCCCUGCAACUCAUUGUUUCCGCCAUGAACAAGCUCUACCUCUAAUAAACCCAUCAACCCUUUUUUACCCAACAACAAAAAAAUAAAAAUAAAAGCAUUUUAUUUGCUCUACUUAAUUUGUAUAUUAUCUAUGUAUAACUCCCUUUAAAAAAAAAAAAAUUCUGAAUUCGAAGGAAAUUUUUUUAACUUCUCCCACUAGAUUAACAAACUAAUUAUCGCGACAUAUCGAUCGAACGGAGGAAUUAAUAAUCGAUCGAUCGAUCGAGCUAGGUAGAAUUGAUCGACAUCGGCAGCAGAGAAAAUAAUGGAGAGGGUGGGGAAGCUGGCGUCGCAGAAGGCGGUGGUGAUAUUCAGCAAGAGUACGUGUUGCAUGUGCCAUGCAAUAAAGAGGCUGUUCUACGAGCAGGGGGUGAGCCCGGCGGUCUACGAGCUGGACGAGGAGGCGAAGGGGAAGGAGAUGGAGUGGGCCCUCAUCAUGAGGCUCGGCUGCAACCCUCCCGUCCCCGCCGUCUUCAUCGGCGGCAAGUUCGUCGGCUCCCCCAACACCCUCAUGACCCUCCACCUCAACGGCUCUCUUAAGAAAAUGCUCCGAGAUGCCGGAGCUCUCUGGCUUUAAAUCAAUUUUAAUUUAAUUUCUACUACCCACUGCACCAAAAGUGAAAUAAGGUGUAUCUGCCUCGCUGUGUUUAAAAGGGAAAAAAGAAUUUCCUCUUCCUACGCUUGGUUAAUAUAUAAUUCGUUCUUAUUUUCUC